UUACACGUUGUAGUAGCAGCAUAAUAUCACAGUCCCUCUCUAUUUCACAAAGUUGGCAUACAGAACGCAGAGCAAUAAUGUCACCGAAAAAUGCCAAGCCCAACUUAAGCCAUUCCCAGGUAUCUGAGAUUGUGAAGAGGCUCUACCGGCUGACUGCAUCAGUGAUUCAGUCUCUGCCCAGUUAUGAUGACCAGAACUUCUAUGUGGCGCCCAGUGAGGGUGGCGAGUAUAUCCUAAAGAUAAUGAACUCAGAGGACAGCAAGAAUACCUUGCUGAUUGAGGUGCAGACAUACACCAUGUCCUUCCUACAACAGAAUGGAAUUCCUGCUCAAACAGCGCUGCCCAACACCUCAGGAGAGCUAAUGAGUCUGGAAGAAAUAGAUUGUGGUUUUGGCAGUCAGAAGUACCUGGUGAGACUGUUGACCUAUUUACCUGGGACAACCAUCUCCAAGGUUCCUUUAACUCCACAGCUGCUGUAUGAAACGGGGAAAACUGCAGCUAAAAUGGACACAGUCCUUAAAAAGAUGAAACACCCUCAUCUUCACGUUCUGGAGAGAGAGGGGUUCAAAUGGAGUCUGUCAAAUGUUACUCUCCUGGAAGAUUACCUCUUUGUGUUAGACGGAGAGCCUCUGCUGGAGGUUGUGAAGUCUGUAAUCGAGGCGUACAAGAGCUCUGUGGAUCCCAAAUGCUCUAGUUUUCGCAAAUGCAUUAACCAUGGCGACUUCAAUGACCUCAAUGUCCUGGUACAGCCUAAUGAUAAAGAAGGCUAUAGGAUCACCGGAAUUCUGGACUUUGGCGACAUGAAUAGUGGCUACUACAUCCAUGAGCUUGCAAUCACCGUCAUGUACAUGAUGACUGAGCACCCUAAACCCAUCGAGGUGGGUGGACCCGUCCUUGCUGGCUGGGAAAGCGUCCUUCCUCUCAAUGAGGCGGAGAAAGAUUGUCUAUAUUUGCUGGUGCUGUCCCGCUUUUGCCAGUCCUUAGUUUUAGCUCGUUACUCUGUGACCUUGCAGCCAGAAAAUGAAGAGUAUCUGAUGAUUUCAUCCAGAAAGGGUGUUAACAUUCUCCAGCAGCUCUGGGAGUUAGGAAAGGAGCAGGUGGAGAAGCUGUGGUUUGAGACUGCUGCUCAGCUCAGUGACAAAAGUGAAAGACAGGAACAAACUCAUUCAUGAAGGCAGUGACUCCACCGAGCGACAAUUUGUCCAAAAAAAAAAAAGAAGAUUGUGUUUUGCACAGUUAAAACAGUUUAUAUCUGUCUCAAUCAAACUAGAGGAGUGCAAAAAGUGUGUCUGAGAAGAAAUUUAGAUACUGUAUAACAACUAUGAAUGAAGUACUGUAA